GCUUUUCUUAUUGGAAGCCAUGAUGGAAGUUUAGCAGCAGAGGAGCGAGUGAAAGGAAAAGCGGGGACUGAGCUGGAAUCUUCUGCAAACAGCUCCUUCUUUUAAAAUAAAUUAAACCAGGAGGGGUUUUUUUUUUAUCGUAUGGUGGAGGCUGUCAAAUUUUUCUUUAUGCAUUGGAAUACUGACGACGACGACGAGGAUGGUUGAAUUUUGAUGCGUUUGUGUGUAUUUUUUUUUUUAAAAAUGUACGUACCUGCUAACUCGCUAGCUAGCCAGCUAGCCGCUCGUUAGAGCCACACGGAGCUGCCUGCUGCUGCUCCUCACCGCCGCCGCCGCUUCCCCUACCCUACUGCUGCUCCUCAGGCUCAUUAUUCUGCUUUAGAAACGUCGGAGAGAUUUUUUCUCUCCGCAUUUCGGCCACAAUCACGGCGACUGCGGCGGAUUCAGAGACUUGGCGUGCUGCGGAAACCUCUCUGUGCGAGACGUGGAGACGCGUGUACCUCGGUAACCGGAGGAUUUGUGGCCGUGUCGGUGUGGAUUUGAGCGGCCGGACCGGGCCUGCUGUAGGCCCUCCUUCUCUAUGAGCGAGCAGCAGCAGCUACAGCAGCCAGCACACGGCCGCUAGCUAGAGUAGGUGAACAUAACGCUAAAGCUAGCGCAUCGGAAAGGACUGCGAAGAAGAAGAAAAGGGGGGAAAAAAGCCCGAAGAGCUUAAAAAAAAAAAGCCUUAACGACGGCAUUUCACCCGGAGGCCACAAUACUGUCGAUUACUUUAAAAACCCUAAAGACUCCUUUCACAGCUAUGGCUACGAUCAUACAGAAGAUGGUCAGCCGAAACAAAAGGAGAUACCAGGAGGAUGGGUUUGAUUUGGACUUGACGUAUAUUUAUCCCAACAUAAUUGCUAUGGGCUUUCCUGCUGAAAGACUCGAGGGGGUGUACAGAAACAACAUAGACGAUGUUGUACGGUUUCUGGAUUCAAAGCAUAAAAAUCAUUACAAGAUAUAUAAUCUAUGUGCAGAGAGACAUUAUGACGCUGCCAAAUUUAAUUGCAGAGUUGCACAAUACCCGUUUGAAGAUCAUAAUCCUCCACAGUUGGAGCUCAUCAAACCGUUCUGUGAAGACUUGGAUAAGUGGCUCAGUGAAAAUGACAAUCAUGUGGCAGCCAUUCAUUGUAAAGCUGGAAAGGGUCGGACGGGUGUAAUGAUCUGCGCGUACUUAUUACACCGAGGGAAGUUCGGAAAAGCGAAAGAGGCUCUGGACUUCUACGGGGAGGUCAGGACCAGAGACAAGAAGGGCGUAACGAUCCCCAGUCAGAGGCGAUACGUCUACUACUACAGCUACCUUCUGAAGAACCAGCUUGACUACAAACCGGUGGCACUGCUCUUUCACAAGAUGAUGUUUGAGACGGUGCCCAUGUUCAGUGGUGGGACCUGCAAUCCACAGUUUGUGGUGUACCAGCUGAAGGUGAAGAUCCACACGUCUAAUCCAGCACACACGCGGCGUGAAGACAAGUACAUGCACUUUGAGUUUCCCCAACCGCUGCCUGUGUGUGGAGACAUCAAAGUGGAGUUCUUCCACAAACAGAACAAGAUGUUGAAAAAGGACAAGAUGUUUCACUUUUGGGUGAACACUUUCUUCAUCCCUGGACCAGAGGAGAACUUGGAGAAGGUAGAAAACGGGAGUUUACUGAAGGAACUGGAUGGGAUCCAGAGCACAGAGAGGGGGGAGAAUGACAAGGAUUAUCUAAUCCUGAUUUUAACAAAGAAUGACCUGGACAAGGCCAACAAAGACAAAGCCAACAGAUUAUUUUCCCCAAACUUCAAGGUGAAGCUAUAUUUCACAAAAACGGUGGAGGAACCAUCCAACUCAGAGGCCAGCACUUCAGCGUGUGUAACCCCGGACGUUAGUGACAAUGAACCGGACCAUUAUCGAUAUUCUGACACAACGGACUCAGAUCCAGAAAACGAACAGCUGGACGAUGAUCAACACACGCAGAUAACGAAAGUUUGAACUUAUUUUGUUUAUGGGAAGACAAGAAAAAAAAUCUUUACAUAAACCAGAGUUGUAAAAAGGAGAAAACUUGAAUAUGAACUGAAAGCAAGUCCUUUUUUUUUUUUUUCUUUUUUUUUUUUUUUUUCCUUUUUGCCUCUCCGAAACAGAAGUACAUAAGUGGGACAUUUCUCAUGUAAGAUGCCUCCAUUUUAGGGACACUAUUUCUGACCAAUUUUUUUUGUUUGCCCCUUUUAUUGACCGUUGUUGACACCUCUAUAGCUGGGAGCAGGGGAGGGGGUGAAGUGUGCUGCUGCAUCUCCUGAUCAUAAUAAGGCCAGUGCUAAUGUCCGUUUCCAUCCCCUACAUGUCUCCCCCCCCUCCCCCCCACUGCACAAUCGUCCAUCCAUCAGGCCUUCUGUUUUACUUACUGUGAAGCUUUUCGUGCUGUCCGCAGACUAACCCACCCCUUUAAAAAAUAGUGCAGUACAAAAUUUAUAGUCUGCUAGCAUCAUUGCCACUAACGUAGUAAUAAUGAUUCUUCUGCAUAUUUGGUUAUAUGACAUUUUAGCUGUCCCCUCCCUCCCUCCCUCCCUCCCUCCCUCCCUCCCUCCCAUCCUUCUCUGUUAACUGCAAAUGCAGCAGGAAAAACACCGUAGCCCCAAUAUUCUGUCAGUGGUGAUGUUUUUAUGUUUAAUUUACCACAGCAGGGAAAUCAGUGUUGCAAUAAUGUUGAGACAAUAGUGGACAAAGGUUUGCAUGCUAAUUGAAUUAGUAUCCAUGUUGAUAAAUAAAUGUUAUAUAAUUUUAUUUUUCUCCCUUCAUAUGCAAUGUUUCUGCUGGCAUUAAGGUUUGAUUAUAUUUAGUUACAAGGUGACGCCCCAUGUCAUUCUCUCACCAGGUGUAUUAGUAUUAAUUACUAAGCCAUCAGUGGCAUUAUAUUUUGUAUCACAUGGGUUUUUUUCCCCAUUAAAACUGCUAACGUGUAAUUAAUCAGCUGGCACCAAGCAGAUCUGUUUUGGGUUCUUGCUUUAAGUUCUUAACGUCGGUCCGUUUACUGCGUCAGUAAGUUAAUGAUAUGAGACGACUUGUUUUGAGGUUUCUGCGUGGCCACAUUGGGUUGAAUCGCAUGCUAGUCAAUGUGCUGAACACACACGAGCUUGUGUGCUGAGGGGCUUGUGAUCGUGGCCUGGCUGUGUGGAGAAAUACCUGCUGAAUGCUAUGUAUGAAAGAGACUUGAAUGUAAGCUUGUGUUCCCCUAAGUGCUAUAAGAAACCUCGUCCAGAGUUUGAUGCCAUAGUUUCAUUUUCUCUCCAUCUGUGGAAUAUUUUUUAUUUAUUUUUUUUUAAGAUCCCCCCCCCCCCCCCCCUUUUUUUUUCCUUCCCCCAGACAUCAGAUUCUUGGCUCUUCAAACUGUUUGUAGCCUUAUUGUGUGGUCUAAUGAAACCUGGAUCAUUUGCUUAUUCCACAUUGGUGCUUCAAGAAACUGCCAAACUACAAACACACAAUGAACAAUAAUGUCAGAGCCAAGAAUGUGUGUCCAUGCGGGGGUGCUUCUGUCAGAUGUACUAUUUGUUUGUGCUCUGACUGUUGGAUGUCUCCUAUCUGACUGGCUGGGUUCUCUAGGUUUUUAAAGCCCACCUCUCCCUCCAUUCUUGAACAGGAUUCAUUCCUUUUGGAAUGAGGUGCAGCUACAGAUUUUACAUGUCUUGUGCUUGCUUCAGACAUAUUGAAGCCAUAUAUAUAUAUAUAUAUAUAUAUAUAUAUAUAUAUAUAUAUAUAAAUAUAAAUAAAAUGUGUCCCCCGCCCCGCAUGCCAAAUUGUUCGAACAUCUGUCUCACUGUGAGUCGUGAGCCAGAACAAAAAGUAAAAAAAGAAUCUCCAUCUCUUGGGCAAAAAUCUUUGAGAGGUGAGGGGUAGUGAGCAAGCUGCCUUUCUCCUGCUGUCAACGUCAUGUCUUCACUCUUCUCACCAACUCUGCGCACGUGCUGUACAACUUGCUUUCUUUUAGAAAGAAUACGCUCCAGAGGUUUGAGAAGGAGGUUCUCGGUCUUCUGUAAUGCAGCUGUACAGUAGCCAACCCAGGGAAAAAAAGACAGCGUUACAAAUCAAGGGUUAAGUGUUGUUUUUUUUUUUAAACAUUUUAUCACUGAAAACCUGCCAAAAUUAAGCUUUUUUUUUUUUUUUUUUUUUCUUCAUCCAAAGGCAGUAGGGAGGUAUUCUUUGCCUUACUUGAAGUUAACAAUGCUUACUUUCUGCUCUUGCUUUCUACCAUUUCUGCCCAAGCACUGACUACAUAGUACUUAUUUAAAGCUACUAUAACAGAGCAACAUAUUGUGCUAGACUUUUGCACAGUUACAGGUUUUUGCAGGGUUUCAAUCAGCAGUCCACAGUAUUUUUUACCCCCCAAGACACACACGCGCGUGCACACGUCAGUAGUCCCCUCUCAGUAAAAGCCAUGCAAGCAGUGGAAUGAAGUGUCUUGGUAUAAUCUGUGUAUUUCCCAUAGAACCAUGUAGUCCCUUUUGACUGAACGUGAAGAAAAGGAUUAUUUAUGACAGUAUUCAUAAGACCCUCUGCAGUUAUUCUGAUUUCUGAAUAUAUGCUGUUUAAAUAAGACAAAUCUGUUCAAGGGCAUCACAGGCUAGUGUCAGGUCGCAGACCAUCCUUAGGACAUCAGUACAAAACUCUACUACGCCAACUCCAACACAUUCAGACAACUUGGUUUCAGUACUGUAACUCGUCAAAUACAAACACCUGAAACCAUCUGCAUCCUUUAUGUGGCACGGGUUUAAAAAAAAAAAGUUAAUAAAAAUAAACUUGUGUGGAGCUCACAGGCAGCAUCAAAAAAUUGUUUCAGCUUUAAUGAUUUAAAAAAAUAUAUAUAUUAAGGUGCCAGUGUGUAAGUUUAAUGUCAUUAGUUUUAGCUGAUUUGUGCAAUAUGCUAUGAUGCCUGUGGUUACCACAAAGUGCCUCGUUUACUGAAAUAAAAAGAAAAAAAGUGCUUGUUUUAGACCCAGUUUUAGAACAUGGUGUCAUGCAUGUAGACUGACAGGAUGGUACUGUGCACUAACUCACCUGGGCUUUACACACUGCAGAGGACCCACGGGGCUUUAGCUCCUGCCACAUCCUCAUUUCCCCCCUCUCCACUUCUCUGGGUUCAGUUCCAUUUAGGCGUAAUGUAAACUCCUCUGGUAUAUUUUCAGUCAUUUGAAGAAACGGAGCCUUAUUCCAUUUCAGCCUGUUCAGAUAAUUUUGUGAUGUGCAACAGUUGCUCUGUGUGUAAUGCUAUGCACUGAGAAUACACAACCAACAAUGUAUGAAAUAUUGUAUAGGUUAUGUACAGGUUAUGAUGCUCAUACAAAUCACUUGUUUGUUUGUAAUUGUAUGUGUAAACUCCCCUUUAUCUUAGUGUUAUAAAACCCACAUAAAUCCAAUAAAGUCUCAUUCUUGUCA